AUGAUGAUGAUGUUGAGAUUAUUCAUUCAAUUCAAUCCAUCAAUAGUUGAUCUAAAUAAUUAUUUAAUACAUAAAUAAUAACAAACCUUUAAUCUGAUAAUCAAGUAAUUCGUUUUCUAAAAUUUAGAAACUUAAACAAAGUAAUAAAUCUCUAGAGAUGGAAAUCCAAUAAUACAAACAAUUAUUAGAUUAAACCUUAGAAAAUCUAAGACAAUGUGAAAGAGAUCAAAAUACUUUGAGUAUUGAAAUUAUGCAUCUAAAAUUAGAACUUUAACUUUCUUAAAUAAAUUUUUAGCUCUAAGUAAUUCAAGUUAAUGUGGAAGAACUUUAAAAAAUUGACAAAAUUGAAUCACAUUAAAAAAUAAAAGACUGCAAUUCCAGUAAAUUACAAUUUAAAUUAUUUUAGACCGAGAUUCAUUUGGUAAUAAAUAUACAAAUGUAUCUUCAGUUGGUGGUUUUUUAUCAUCUACUUUAAGUCCUCGUUGUUAAUGUGAUGGAGUAUAUUGCUUCAUUAAUUUUAGUUUUAAGAACUAGGACAGACACUUAUUUAAAUUUUAAAGAAAAUUCAAUUAACUUUAAAAUAAAAUGAUCAAGUAACUUAUUUGCAAGAUCUUGUGAAAAUAUUAUAAGAGUUUGAAGAGAAUUUAAAGUAAUUUUUAAAUUUUCAUGAAUAAUUUGCAAUUGAAGUAUUUUUUAUAUUAAUUAAAAUGAAGAUACAUCAAAAUAAAAUGGACCAAAUAGAAAUAUAAAGUUAAGUCAAAUAAGCAUCGACUCAUUCCAUUGGUGAUCAUUUUUAUUCUUUGGAAGAUUUAAAUAUAAAUUAAAAUCCCAAUUAGUAAAUAUUCAACAAUGAUGACCUUGAUACUAGCUAAUUCGAAAAUGAAUAACAUAUCAAAUUGUAAUUUGAAUGUUUCGAAAUGUCAUUGGCAAAAGUGAGUGAGGAAGAAAAAUAAUAAUGGAAAUAAAAAUUACUAUAAUUAAUUAACACUCUUUGA